AUGGCGAUUAUACCAAAUUGGCAAUCUUUCUGUCCUCACCCCCGAAAAUACACAUCUUCAAGACCCCAUUCUUCACCUGGUAGAGUAUAUUCAAAGAAUGGUUUCCAAAAUAUGUUCAGACCUUCUUCUUCAACCACAACAGUUGCAAAUCCAAUACUGUCCUUCUUAGAUGUUAAACGGAUUUUAUUUCAAAAAAUUACCGAUAAAAGGGACGAAUUGAAAAAAGCCUUUCAGCUGCUCGACACUGGUCAGAACCUGACUGUGUCCAAGAGUGAGCUGAGGAGGACCAUCGCGGCCUUCCUGCUGCCGCUCACCAGGGAGCAGUUUCAAGAGGUGCUGGCUCAGGUCCCUGUCACUGGCUCUGGCAAUGUACCGUACCUUGAAUUCCUCUCCAGGUUUGGUGGGAUUGACCUGAACAUAAACACCAUAAAGAGGGGAGGUGUGAGUGAAGCAAAUUGCUACCGGACACUAAAAGAUCUUGAAGUCCAAGUCGCAGAAAAGGUUUUUUGGAACAUGAAAACCAUUACCAACGCCUUUAAGCUCAUUGAUGUUAACAAGACAGGGCUGGUUCAGCCACAGGAGCUGAAGCGGCUUCUGGAGACCUUCUGCUUGAAGAUGACGGAUGAGGAAUACGCAAGGUUUUCAAAACACUACGACAUUGACAAAGAUACUGCAGUGGAUUACAAUGUUUUUUUGAAGAACCUUGGCAUAAAUAAUGACCUGAACCUUAGAUAUUUUAUGGGAAAUCAAGAGAUCACGYGUGAGAAUCAACAAGCCAAACUCUCCAGGAGGGAGCACUUGCCCAGCUUCGUGGCUUCUGACAGCAUCUGGGACAACUGCUCCUUGRAUGACAUUGAAAGGACGUUUUGCAGAGAGUUUUCCAAGUCCCACGAGAAGGUUGAAAAGGCCCUCAGUGCCGGGGACCCCUCCAAAGGUGGCUACGUCUCUCUGAAUUACCUAAAGGUCGUCCUUGACACCUUUGUGUACUGGUUACCAAGAAGAAUUUUCCUCCAGCUAAUGAAAAGAUUUGGACUUAAAACCACCAGUAAAAUCAAUUGGAAACAUUUUUUAGCAUCAUUUAAUGAGCCUCAGGAGUUCGAAGUCAGUUAUAUGGUUUCCUCAAAAAAACCAAGUAGCCUUGGCUCAAGAAACCAACCUCAGAAGGAAAAUAUUGUCACCAAAUUAUUUAGACACGGUGAAGACAGCUACAUGGCGUUGAAGAAAGCGUUACUGAUAAUCAACACUGAGCGUAAUGUAAAGAUGACAGGGGAAGAAUUGCGACACAUCCUAAAUUKCGUAACUGUAAACUUAAGUGAUUCAGAAUUCAAAGAACUGAUGCAGAUCCUGGACCCCGGGGGCACUGGGACGGUCAGCACCAGCUCCUUCAUCSACCUGCUAGAGAACCCCAAGACAAGAAGAACUUUGCCCUGUGCAGAGUCCAAGAUGCCACUCCACCUGGCCUGGAAUUCGGUGGAAGAAAUGGUUCACGAUGCAAUCACUAGACAUCUGCAAGCUUUCUAUGACACGCUGCAGUCAUAUGACCUCAGAGACACAGGGACCAUCAGUCGAAGUAAUUUCAAGAAAAUCAUGCACACUUUCUGCCCAUUUUUAACAAAUGAACAUUUAACAAAACUCGGCAGUAAGUUUCAGGACACAGUUUCAGGAAGAAUCCUGUACAAGAAAUUUCUGGCAUGUGUUGGAAUUAAGGACCUGCCCACUAUGCCUCCCAUUUGUGUUUCCAAGGACAAGUCAAGUGAACAUUUCCAGAAAGAGCAGCAGCAGCCACCGGAUCUUUCAGAGAGAACCAAGCCCCCCGAGGGUACAACCACCGAGACCAAGAACAUGACCCAGGAGGAAGUCACUGAAAAACUCAAAACCUGUGUCCAGGGGCAGGACCCCGUGUUCAGGCAACGGUUUCUCGAGGUCAGCCAGGAGCCUGAGGGGAAGAUCGACCUGUGUGACUUCAGGAAGGUACUGGAAGACAGCGGAAUGCCCAUGGACGACACCCAGUUCUCUCAGCUGACUACAAAGAUGGGCUUUAAGAAGGAGGGGAUGAGCUACCUUGACUUUGCRGCAGGAUUCGAAGACCCCAACCACAGGCGGCAGGAGGYCACGCCCCCUCAGACUCCAGCUCGGUUCUUCAUCACAGCCGAGGAGUGCCUGAAGCUCUUCCCCAGGAGACUGAAGGAGCACUUCCAGGACGCCUACGCUGCCUUCUUCAAGAUGGACACCGACAUGGACGGCAUCAUCAGCAUGUACGACCUGCACAAGUUGCUGCUGCAGCUCCGGCUCAACCUGAAGGAGCAGGAGUUCGAGCGUUUCCUUGGCCUUCUUGGCUUGAGGGUUACCGUCACUUUAAACUUCCGGGAAUUUCAACAUCUGUGUGAGAAGAGAACCCCCAGAACAGAUGAUGCGCCUCAAAGACUCAUCAGAACCAAACAGAAAGUUGCGGAUUCUGAACUAGCCUGCGAACAGGCUCAUCAGUAUCUUGUUAUCAAAGCGAAAAACAGAUGGGCAGAUUUGUCUAAGAAUUUUAUAGAAACUGACAACGAGGGCAACGGCAUUCUUCGACGCAGGGACAUAAAGAAUGCACUCUACGGCUUUGAUAUUCCCCUCACACCCAGAGAAUUUGAGAAGCUUUGGCAAAGCUAUGACACCGAAGGAAGAGGGCACAUCACUUACCAGGAGUUUCUCCAGAAGCUGGGUCUUCGCUAUUCGCCCACCAUCCACCGGCCGUAUGCAGAAGAUUACUUCAACUUCCUGGGCCACUUCACGAAGCCCCAGCAGGUCCAGGAAGAGAUCCAGGAGCUGCAGCAAAGCACCGAGAGGGCGGUGCCUGCCAGGGAUAAACUCGAGGACCAUUAUCAAGACAUCAGCAAAGCCCUCACCACACUGGAUAAAUCCAAGACCGGCUCCGUCUCCCUCUGCAAGCUGCGGAAAGUGCUGCGAGACUGUGGGUGUCCCCUCAAGGAGGUGGAGCUGAGCAGCCUGCUGAACAGCUGGGGCAUCAGCCAGCAGGAUAAUUCCGUCAAUUACCUUGACUUCUUGAGAGCGCUGGAGAAGAGCCAGCUGGGCAGUCCGCAGUCCAGAGACCAAGAAGGAAGCCUGCCCAUCAACUUCUCCACGCUGAGCCCAGAGGAGAUCGUCACGAACAUGCAGGAGGCUGUGGAGUCUGCGCAGCCAGCUCUGCUCCAGGCAUUUUCUGCCCUGGAUACAGAGGACACCGGUUUUGUAAAUGCCACGGAGUUUGGGCAAGUCCUGAAGGACGUCUGCUGCCAACUGUCGGACAAUCAGUACCAUUAUUUCUUGAGGAAACUAAGAAUUCAUCUAGUGCCCUACAUAAAUUGGAAAUAUUUUCUAGAGACCUUCAGCUCUUUCCUAGAGGAGACCGCUGGUGAGUGGGCGGAGAAAAUGCCCCGGAUCCCGACCCCCUCAUCGCCUGGGGACGUGGCCAACAGGGACAUCCUAGAGCGGCUCCRCAGAGCAGUGGCCUCCCACCCCCACACCAUCGCCCAGGAGCUGGAGAACUUCGACACCAUGAAGACCAGCACAGUGUCCCGAGAGGAGUUCAGGGCCGUCUGCGCUCGGCACGUGCAGAUGCUGACCGACAAGCAGUUUGACAGGCUCUGGAGUGAGAUGCCCGUCAGUGCCAAGGGGCGGCUGAAGUACCCCGACUUCCUGAGCAGGUUUGGUCCGGAGCGGGCAGCCACGCCACCAGUCUCCCACAACUCGACCAGGGCCCAGAGAGGGAGCAGCGUCCCCGUGGUCUUGGAAAGAACCAGAUCUACCGUCUCCUCGCCCACCCAUGACCUGAAAGGGGGGUCGAAAUCGCGGAGUCUGCCCUGCACCCCCGCGAGCAUGGGGCUAGCGCCAGGCACCCCGCCCCUGCAAAACUGUGAGCCCCUGGAGAACAAGCUCAGGAAGCAGGUCCAGGGCUGCUGGCGGGGGCUGCUGAAGGAGUGCAAGGAGAAGGACGUGGACAAGCAGGGCACCAUCUCCGCCUCCGAGUUCCUGGCCCUGGCGGAGAAGUUCAACCUGGACAUGAGCAAGGAGGAGAGCCAGCAGCUCGUCCUCAAGUACGACUUGAAGAACAACGGCAGGUUCGCCUACUGCGACUUCAUCCAGAGCUGCGUGCUGCUGCUGAAGGCCAAGGAGACUGCGCUGAUGCACAGGAUGAGGAUCCAGAACACGCAGAAGAUGAAGGAGGCAGGCACAGAGUCGUGCUCUCUCUACAUGGUGCUGCUGCGCAUCCAGCCCAAGAUCCUGCACUGCUGGCGGCCCAUGCGGCGCAGCUUCAAAAGCUACGACGAGGGCGGGACGGGGCUUCUGAGUGUGGCUGACUUCAGGAAGGUGCUGAGGCAGUACAGCAUCAACCUCUCGGAGGAGGAGUUCUUCCACGUGCUGGAGUACUACGACAAGACGCUGUCCUCCAGGGUGGCCUACAAUGACUUCCUCCGCGCCUUCCUGCAGUAG